GAGAGAUAUAUAUAGAGAGAGAUAAAGACAGAGAGGAACACACCCUUCUCCUCACUCUCCUCAUAUACACCAGGUGAGAACUCCUCUUCCAUCAGAAUUCUUCCAGAACUCCACGCUGUGCUGUCACAGGAGGGAAGGAGAGUUGCAUUUCAGUACCAGCCAUGGGCCUAUCCACUCUUUGUGUGGCUCUUUGCUGCUUGUGCCUUGUGAGCACAUCAGCAGGUCAAAAACCCAAUAAAGAAGAGAACAAUCCCACGGGAAGAUGUUCAGGGUGGGAGGAGACUCUGUCAACUCAGCUGACUGCGCCUUCGAACUUCGCUUCUUUCCUCAAGACCAACGCCAACAAUCUCCCCAAGCUGUCGAGUGGCUGCGUGAUGUCAUUCAGCCAGUCCGCCAACGCCAGUGCUGUGGCAGAUUUAAUGAAGGUCUUGAAUGAGGCGUAUGACAAUCUGAACCCUGGCACCAAACAAACGGUUUAUUUGUGGAUCAAAAGAAUGUACACUCAGGAAGAUGGACCUGUCAUCAAAAACAUGGCUGUCAAAGAAACUGACAAGAAACCAGUCAAGCCGCCUGGAAAUAUUACUGAAAAUGAUCCGGACAUGAAACCAGACGGGAAGCCUGGUGACAAACCUGGGAAAGAUGACAUGCCGGGCGAAGGGGAAGGCAAAUCCAAUUGGAUCACCGUGAAUGUUCUUAAAUUGCUGGGCCGCUUUCUUCUACAAGCUCCCAUUUCCGCCAUCAAGGACAUUGGAGAGAAUAUCAACAGCAGUCUCUGCAGUUUGUACAGCAGUGUCACCGGACCCUUUGACAAAUUCUACGACCUCAACUCAGCGCAAGCAAACUUCCUAUUUCAGGGGCUCCAGAAGUGCAACGUCAACAUAACAGAUAAAAACGAGAUCUCAAAGCUUGGACAGAUGGCUUGUUUCUUUGCCACUUUUGCUGGUAAACUGGAUCAAUCUACCAUCAACGUUCUGAUGAUGAAGCUGAAGAACUGCAGCGGGGAUGUGAAAAAUGUAUACCAAAAUCUCAUGAAGUCGAGACCAGCAGGCAGUAUGAAUGCAGAGGAGCUGAAAAAUGUCGGGGACGCAGUUGUGGGCUUGAGUGUGAAUCAGCUGGGCAACCUUAGCAAAGAAGCCAUCCAGGAAUCUCUGGACCAACUUAAGAAAGUCAAAGGCUGGUCCCAGGGACAGAAGAAAGCACUGCUGGAAAAAGUCCCUGAUGCAGCAGAUAAUGCAGAGGGCCUAAAAAAGCUGGGUGGCCUGGUCAGUGCUUUGGACAGCAAGGCCCUGGGCAAAUUGAAGGGCAGUGACCUGCUUGAGGCCUUCAAAUCCCAGGAUGUCUCACAAUCUGCAGAUUCCAUGCAGCCCGUCCAGAAGAAAUCAAUCGUCCGAGCUAUCUUGAAGGACAAAUCCAUCAAUGAAGCUUUGAAAGAGCUGCCACCCACAUUGAUAAGUGAAAUCUCCUCUCAGACACUGAGGAACGCAACUGACGGCACUCUUACUCUGGACUUCCUGGAUAAACCCAUUCCCUGGAACAAGGGGCAGGCUUUAGUCAUCAUUAAGAAAAUCCUUAAGAAUCUUAAGACUCCUGAAGACAUCAAGAAACUGCGGGAUGCUGUGACUGGUCUGACUUGCAGUAACAUAGAAAGCAUGCCUGUGGAUAACCUGAGAGCUCUCGCUGCAAAUGAAAAAAUGACCCGAGAUCAGGUUCGCUGUGCUGCUUCCGCUUAUUUUAAAGCCUUAAACAAGAAAUUGGCUGACCUGACGGAGGAUGAAAUAACCCAGAUUCCACCUAGUUUUCUCCUGUUCAUAAAGUCUUUUGAUGAGCUGAUGAACAUAACGAGGCCCGCCUGUUCUUCAGUAGUGUCCCUCCUGGCUCAGGCUAACCCAACGCUUCUGCCCAGGAGCUCUGCAAGACGACAGGAGAUACUCAAAUUCAUCAAGAGCUGCCUUAAAAUUGAUGAUACCCUAACCCUGAAUGCUAGCCAGGUCCACGAUCUGGGUCUUGCUGUUUGCUACUUUGACCCGAAGGACUUUGAUAACAUGGGAACCGAUGUUUUCCAAAAGGCCAUCGACAAGCUUAAAGACUGUGGCAAAUUCGAGGGCAAAGUGAAAGAGUCGCUCGCCAGCAAGAUAAUAGCCACAUACGGUAACUCCUCCACCUGGACUCCUGAUGUUCUCAAUCAGCUGCAAUCCCUGCUGUCUCUGUUUAAUUCAACACAACUGGAGAAGCUCCAAACCAAUGCUGACAUCAGAGUAGUCCUCAUAGACAUUCUGUCUCGGGUGAUAAAACCAGAGGGAUUUGUAGCCCCAGAUUUGGACUUCACUCCCAAAAUGGAUGAUGUGAGUAAAGCAUUCUCCAAAAUGAUCCUCGGAAAUCAAGCAGCAACACCCUCCAGCAAAAGGAGAAAGCGAGCAGCAGUGGACUGCAGUGGUGUUAUCCAGCCCACUACGGAUGAAAUACAAACUCUCAAUGCCGGAUGCACUGCUUUCUCCCCUGUGCAGCUACAAUGCAUGUCAACAGACACCUUCACCAACACUCUGGAUAUCUUAGCCUCCGUGAAGGGAUUCAGCACAGAACAGCUCACCGCCUUGAAAGAGAAAGCGUUACAGGUAUACAGUCAGAAAGAUCUGGUGAAACAGAUCAGCAGCCUGAAGGGAAUCACAUUGGCUUUCUCUCAAGACGAAGUCAACAACUACUUUGCUACUCCGGAUAUUGAUAUGCUGUCUGCGGUGGGAGAAAGCAAGGACUGGCUCAGUCCAGCAAUGCAAUCCAAAGCUAAGAGCAUAGCUGAGAACUUCCUGAAAAUCAAGCCAGCGAGCAGCCUGACCAGCAGUGAUCUGGUGGGAAUGCGCUAUUUCGUCUGUGUGCUUAGCGCCGAACAAAUUGAAAACAUCAGCAAUGUGGAAUACAGUACUGCUGUAAGCAACAUUGGAAAGCUUCAGUGCCCCAGCGAUGUCCUAACUGCUUUGAAGAAUAAAGCAAUAAGCACCUUUGGCUCUCCAGACACCUGGUCUGAGGAUGUUGCUCAGGACCUGGGGACCAUAGCGGCUCGACUAAAUGGAAGUGAAAUCAGUAAACUUGGAGAGAAUGUGAUGCCCUACCUUACUCCAGAAGCUGUCUCCCUCAUUCCUCCUGCUGUGUUUAAAAGCCUCUCCGCAGCACAGUUGAGAAGCCUGGGGACAGAUAAUGUUGCUGCUCUCUCAAGUGACCAGAGUGCACAGCUGGAUGCAGUUUUACUGCAGGCCUUGGAUGUGAACCCUGGAGCAAUCAAUCUCGCAUAUUCUGCCGGACACAAAAUAAGCCCAGCAUUUGCUGCAAUCAUCCUGACUCUGACACUGCUGACCAUGAACCAUCUUUAAGUGAUAAGACUCAGCACGUCCAGAAUGUCAAGAAAUAUACCCAUGUCUCCCACAGCCUAGUUUUCUUUCAUUAGCCGUUCAGAUCAUUUUAGCAACAGAAUCUGAAUCGAAAUGUUUCUCAAUAGUUAUAUAAUAUCACUCCAAUAUCUGUCAAGUGAUCCUACAUUUAUAAAUUCUCUAAGUUUAUUGUAAGCAUUGCACCACAUGUCUGUAACUGUCUGUACAUUAAACAAGGGUAUGGAAUCAUUGAAGAAAUGUACCACUUUCCAAGGGACCAUUGCCUUAUGUUUAAAAUAAAGAAAACUCUUCUUCAAGUUGAAUGGGUUCUCUUCUGAUUUGCCAAUGAAAGCCUAUCAAAUACACUGCAUUUUUAAUCUAUAAUUUCUACUUGUUCAUAUAAUCAAAUAAAUCUGCACUUGCAUGUAUUUUAAUACAGAAGAUAAGAAUGUAGCUUAACAGAAUAUCAGAUUUUUACUAUAUAAAUCUAGACUUUUUUUGUCUAUUUUACUGGGGGGGGGGGACAAUAUGCAUUUUAAAAAGCACAAAGGCUAUAUAUAGCAUUGUUAUGUUUAAUAAUUCAAAGGUCUGCUUUUAAAGCAUAAAAAGCUAGUCAAUUUUACCUAUAAGUACCUAAUAUAACACACUAAACAAAACUAUAAUACAGAUAGUUGAUGCUUAGGUUUACAGAAAAUACAGCACUUAUGAUUAUUUAUUUAUUUUCACAGUUUGUUUAAUUUGUUAAAGGUUAGUUAUGCCACAAUUCAAAUUAAAUACCAGAAUCUGUCAAAAUGAAAUGGCAUUGUUUAAUUCGGAAAGGGUAUUGAUAUUUCCAUUGAAAUGGGUUGAUGUAAAUGGGUUGUGUGCUUUAUAUAGUUGGGGAGGGGAAAACUGGUACAGGGGUUACGUAAGAUUAUAUUUAUGUUUUUCACAGUUAUUAAAUAUUGUUUGUUUAUCCUGCUUUUAUUUUAUGCAGUUCUGCAGGAAAAAAAUGACUACACUUUGCACUUUUUACUUGUUUCAAUGUUUAUUAUGACUGCUUAAUAAAAAAAAAGAAACCACAGGGACAA